AUGGGGGAGUGCGAUCAAAGUCUCCACACGUCUCCUGUACCCUUCUCACAACGUCCGAUCAUCAUUCUAGGCGCAGGAAUUAUCGGAUGCGCUACAGCAAGACAGCUCCUCUUGAAUGGCUUUCGCGUCGUGGUUGUUGCCGAGUUCCUGCCGGGUGACCAGAAUAUUUUCUACGCAUCAGCCUGGGCUGGAGCAACAUGGCAUGCUGCUGGCGGUAUCAGCCCUGAAGAUCGAUAUCUUCAAGCUGUUACGCAUCGUCAUCUGUUCAGGAUGGCGCAAGAAAGCCCCGAAUCGGGAGUUUGCCUUGUGGAUGCGCGCGAAUAUCUCGAAGAAGCGCCAUCCGAGAACUCCUCAAUCUGGGGUAAGACUGUGGUCUCAAACUUUCGCGAACUUGAGCCCGGCGAAUACCCUCCUAACUUCGACUGCGGGUGGUCAUACCAAACAUUGGUAACGGAUCCGACACGUCACAUGCCCUAUCUUCGAAAGCAGAUAACCGCUCUUGGUGGCCAGUUCAUUCGAAAGCGGGUCGAGUCCCUCCAGGAACUAUACGCCAUGUUCCCCGAGUCAAAUGUCUUCAUCAACGCCAGCGGGCUCGGAAGCAAAACCCUCACCGACGUUCAGGAUGAUAAAUGCUUUCCUGAGCGAGGCCAGAAUGUCUUUUACCGUACCGACAAGUGCCGACAAAUGUACUUUCGCAAUGGGAAAGAGUAUACCUAUAUCAUCCCCCGUCCUUUAUCCGAGGGGGUAGUGUUAGGGGGAGUUAAGCAGCCGAAUAACCUGUCUCCAGAGGUUGAUAUGGACGUUGCUCGAGACGAGAUCGCGCGCGCUCACCGUCUCGCCCCAGAGAUUGUUCCUGCGGAUCCCCCCGAAGAGUCAUUGAGCUAUAUUAUCGGAAUCCGACCGUCACGGCAGGGUGGAUUUCGCUUGGAUUCGGAGCAAUUGGGACAGCGGACAAUCUUAUCAGCUUAUGGAUUCGGAGGAGGCGGCUAUGCGUUUUCGUAUGGUAUAGCGGAAGCGCUGUUGACAAUGCUGGAGAAGUGUGAGAGGGAAAAUGUGAUCCUAUAA